AUGCCAUGGAAGACGCCAAAGUCGUCGCAACCGCAACUGCAAGCUGCGCAGUUUCGUAAGCGUCCCUACAUAAACUAUAUAGACCCGUACUCUCCUCAUUCGUCUUUCCAAACUUCGCCGUCGCCAGCGCUUCUUCCGCGGUCUCAAUACAUACAUCCGCCGCAACCCACCGCAACCCAGUACUUGCCUAAGGCACAUCUAUGCGUACUUCCUUCCAGGAAUCAUAAGGGAAGGACACUGCGCGAGAUGCCAGAGACUCAUUUUGCAUUUCUCUGUGUGAUGGAGAUGUGGCGACUAAUAUGCCUUUGUCUUGAGAAUGCGCACCGGCUGAUGGAUCAAGGCUUCAUCAUCUUCAUUUGGGCUAAGCCCGAGUAG